AUGGACAUCAACCAGCUGCCGGUGGAGUGCAUCGCUAUCAUUCUGGCUUUCACCUCGCCGAAGGACGCCUGCAGAUCCGCCGCCGUCUCGUCGACUCUCAGAUCCGCCGCCGAUUCCGAAGCUCUGUGGACCACUCCUCUGCCGUCCGAUUACCAGCAGAUUAUUUCUCAGGAUUCAUCCGCAGCUACGACGUCGUUUCUGAAUUCCUUGUCCAAAAAGGCUCUCUACUUCCAUCUCUGCGAUCGUCUGUUUUUCAUUGGCUCUCGAAAUUCAAGUAGGAUGUACGACAGAAAGACAAUAAAAACAACUUGAAUUUAUUUUCGGUAGUUAUUACGAGACAAUUACAUUAUAGUGCUCAAUUCGUGCGACGAAUUUAAACUUUUAAACCAUAGGUUUCCUGAAGUGGCUGAGUUGCAAAAUGUAUGGUGGCUUGAGAUAUAUGGAAAAAUAGAGGCUAGAAAUUUAAGUCCCCCGACCAACUACACAGUUUACUUUGUGUUCAAGCUCGUAGAAGACCGACGUGAAUUCAACGAGAGACCAGUUUUAUUAGAAGUUUAUUUUGAAUGGACAGACGUCAACGAAGGGAAGAUGGCAAUACUGGACCCUCCUCAAGGAACCUUUAUGGGUUCUAAAGAAAGAGCCUAUGGAUGGACGGAGAUUGAAAUGGGUGAAAUCUUCAAUGAAUUAGGUAAUGACUCAAUUGUUUUCAAUUUGAAAGAGGUUGAUAAUUUAAUAACUAAAUGUGGGUUAAUUGUUGAAGGAAUUGAGAUUAGACCUAAAAAUAAUUAA